AUGGCCUCAUCGCUGGCUUCCGACAAGCCAAGCCUGCCCGCUCCUGGCGCAGCGCAAUCUGAUCCCUUCGUCGCCAGCACGCCCGCGCCCGCCCACCAUCGAUAUUCCACCUUUGACCAUGACCUCUUCAUCGCCGGUCCCGCUGCCUCGCCCAGAUCCGCAAAGCGCGCCCUCGAGGCCCAUCUCGCCGAAACCGAGCGACGUCUGGAGGAAGCCGGAAAGCUGGGCACCGCGCUCGUGUCCCAGCGCAAAGCCCUCACCGAGCAGCUCCAGGAGGUCGACAAGUUGCAAACCGAGGGAGAACUGAACCCGGAGCUCCGCCAGAAGCUCGUCGACAUUGAGAAGGAGUACAACAACUUGGCCAGGGAGUCUGCACGGGCUUUUCUGCCUAAACAGAGGGUCCCCAGCAAUGAAGCUAAUCCGAGCUCCCCUUUUGCGCCUGAGAGCAGGGGCGGCAGACGGUCAGUCAGCCCAUCCAAGUUUGAGAGUCAAGCGACAGGGUCCCCCACCAAGCUCAGUGUUCCGAAUCGAAAGAUUCGAAACCAGCCCUCCAAUCGCGUCCACGACAUCGAGUUCGCCGCCGAAAUCAGCACCUCCCUCAUUGCCCAGGUCCGCAACUUACAAGCGCUGCUCGCCGAGCGAGAUGAAGAGACCAAGGACCUCAAGGCCGACAAGUCCAGACUUGAAAUCGAAUGCGAGGCCUUCCAACAACGAGUCAAGACCCUUGACGAGAGUGAGAACCGAUACAAGGAGGAGAACUGGAAUCUGGAGACUAAGCUACAGGAACUGUCGGCUCAGCAGAAAGAGUCCGCAGACCGCGAGAAGAAGCUUGCUCAGGCUCUUAAUGUCAUCAAGACAGAAAAGGUUACAGCACAACGCGAGCUUGACGAGGUCAAAUUGCACCACGCCAGACUCAUCGACCAACACGCCGCUGCUGUCAAGCAACACGACACUGAGAUUGGAGCUGUCAAGCGCAACAUUGCUAUGGCAGAGGGUGAACGCGCGGCCAUGCAGCGUCGGAUUGAUGACCUGACCGGUCAGAACCAAGAGCUCGCCAGGGCCUUCUCUACGCAACGAAACAGAGUCAUGGAGCGGGAGCCUAACUCGCGUCCCAGCGACGAUGACUUUGAAUCCGCUGCUGAUCACAUCACUCCCGAGCACUCGCCUCCUCAGUCUCCUAUCAAGGGAACUCCUCGCCAUGCUGUUCUUGAGACGGAAACUGUCAAGUCAUCACUCCACCACGCCCAACGCACCAUCCAGAGCCAGAGGAGUCUGCUCCAUCGUGAGAAGACCGAGAAGCUGGAGCUUCGACGUAUCAUCCAGGACCUCCGUGACGAUCUUGAAAAGGCCAGAACCGACGCCACUGAGCACAAGAGCCAUCGACGAUCCCGAAAGCCGGAAUCCAAGGAGUUUAAGAAGCCACCGCGCCUGCUUGGCUCUUUCCGCUCCAGUAGGCAAGAGGUUGUCGCCGAUGAUGGUGAUUGGGAAGACCAGCACGAUGUCUCCCCUCGCGGCUCUCUCUCUCAUGCCUCUCCUCGUCCUUCUGUUUCUCCUAUGAGCACCAGCAGCCACACUAUCCUCCCCAGCAUCGAGUCUGCCGAUAACGACGACCAUUUCGACACUGCCAAUGAGGCCAGCGAGUCUGCCUUUGAGACAGCCAAUGAGCGGGCCACUGAGACGGAAGAUUUCCAGACCGUCAAUGAGCAGAUGUCAGGAAGUGACGGCGAGACAGAGACGGAGGGCACAACCCGAGGCUUUGGUAAGAUGAAGAAGCCCCCGAGUUUGCCCUCUGGCCUCGCUCGACAUGCCAGCAGACACUCGUUCCACAGCACCGCAUCGACUUCGGCUGAUGAAGACGACUUCGCCUACCAUCUCCGGACGCCUACCAGCACUAUUGGAUCCCAGAAGAGCACUCGUUUCCGCAUGAACCGCAGCAUCUUCCAUCCUAGCGAGGAGCCGCUCUUCCACCGCAUUUCUAGACAGGCUAGCGAAGAGCCGCCAUUCCAAAGCAGCCCGGCCAGCUUUGCUAGCAGCCGUGGUGGAACACCUCAAGCCACUGGCCAGAGCCUCUUUGCUGAGCUUCAAGACUUUGACGGUAGUGACGACGAGUCGCUUGAGCCAGGCACACCCAGUCGCAGACGGGCUCGCUCUGGUACACCCGCCUCUUUUGGCCGAGGACCAUCACCGCAACCUCCAGUGCCCCCGUUGCCCAAGGUCACCAUGGUUGACAGCGGCAGCAUGACUGAUCCCAUUAGUAUCUUGACCACCUUUGAGGGGGCCGAGACCCCGCGAAUGAUCACCACCGGUGUCAUGACGGAAGAUGAAGAGUCGAUUCCUGCUUCUCCUAUUAGCGUCGUGGUCGUCCCCCGCCCUACAUCCUUGGGGUCCGUGGUUGACCACUCUGAAGUCCGCAGUGUCAUAUCUUGGACCCAUGAGGAUCAUCUUGACAACUCGCGCCCUAUCUCCAUGUCCUACAGCGACGCCGGAGCGCAGCACGAUCCCGAUAUGGAGGAGAAGCUUGCUCUGUUCCCUGCUCCCCCGACCAUGCUACCGCCUAUCCUACCCCCGACCUUGAGCAUGUCCUCGAUCGCCUCCGAGGAUAUCGAGCCACGAGAAGAGGUCGAGGUACCUCCUACACCACCAGCUCUGACUUUCACUCCUCUCUCGAACCAGAGCGUCGAGCCCCUACCCGAACCUGAGAUCCCUCUCCCUACCCUCAGCUUCUCGUCUAUCAAGGCUGAGGAUCUCACUCCCCGAGCUGAGCCUGAAGCACCUCUUCCCGACUUGUCUCUUACAACAAUCGUCACUGAGCAAGUUGAACCCAUUGCUGAGCCUGAAACACCUGUCCCAGAGCUCUCCUUCACAAACAUCAUCACUGAGCAGGUUGAGCCCAUCGCCGAACCAGAGGCGCCUCUUCCUGACUUGUCUCUUACGGCAAUCCUCACUGAGCAUUCGGUUGAGCCAAUUGCUGAGCCUCCUGUUGAGCCAGUCAUGUUCAUCCCGCCUCCUCCUGCACUCUCCAUGUCUGAGAUUGUGGGCGAGCACGUUGAGCCUAUCGCUAGCAAGGCCCCCCAACUCGCUAUGUCUGCCAUCCAAGGCGAGCAUAUCGAGCCCAUUGCUCAGCGAUCUCCUGAUCUUAGCAUGUCUGCGAUCAGAGGUGAACAUGUCGAGCCUGUGGCUGAGCCGGAGCAGGAGCCUGCCAUUCCCGCAGUGGUUAUCCCUCCUCCACCUCCAGCUCCAGAACUGAGCUUCUCUACGAUCCAGGGAGAGCAGGUUGAGCCUGUCGCUACCAAGGCACCGGAACUUGCCAUCUCCACCAUCAAGGGAGAGUCUGUCGAGCCCAUCGCGGAACCUGUCCCUGAGCCGAUUGUCCCUCAGCUCACCAUCUCGAGUAUUCACGGCGAACAUGUCGAGCCUGUUGUGCAGCCGAUGCCUGAACUCAGCUUCAUUUCCAACAUCCAGGGAGAACAUGUCGAGCCUGUUGCCCUUCCUGCCCCGGACCUGGUCCUGUCGUCUAUUUCUGCGGAGUCUAUCGAACCGGUCAAGGAGCCCAAGAAGGUGGUUCCUCCGCCGUCCUUGAACCUCUCUUCCAUUUAUGCCGAAAACUGCGAGCCAAGGGAGGAGCCUCAGCCAACCCCUGUCAAGCUGGGCUACUCUGAUCUAUCCACACAACACGUCGAGCCCGUGUCUGAGCCUGCUCCAUCGCUUGGCUUGUCUGCGAUUGCCUCCGAGAACGUCCAUCCUGUUCUUGAGCCUAUCCCGGCACCUCCCACACUUGUUAUGUCUUCGAUCGCUGCCGAAGGAGUGGAGCCUAUCAGCCCGGUCGUCGAGACGCCCAAGGUACCAGUGUUUGGAUUCUCGUCGAUCGAGUCUGUUGAGACUAUCCCGGUGGCACCCCGAACUCCCAAGAGAGACGGCUUCAUCCUUCCUCGCGACAUGAACUCUCCCUUCAAGGAGAGAGAAGUGCCCGAGACACCCAAGAACAAGACUGGAUCGCCCCUUGGCCGGGAGAUGGAUCAAGAUUCAUCGUCCCUGAUUGCUGAAGAUGAGACAAGUCAAUCUCCUGCUGACACUCCCGAGCCUGAGACACCUGAUUCUCAGCGCCCCUUGAGGGAGAUCCCUGCCAACUUGAACGGUAGCCCAACGCGCAAGGCUCUGGUCCCGACCAGUGACCAAGGUGCGCAGACCGCGCUGACGGCCGAGGCCAUCGAUGCCAUGUUCAAGGCUCGAGCUCAGCCCGUCUUUGGCCUUGAUAAGAGCCUGUCACUCGCCAGCCCCGGUACCCCUGGAACCGCUGGCACCACGGGUACUGUCAGAAUCCGCCGAUCAAGGGAUAGCUUUGAGAGCCCCAUUCGAAGGGGUUUGGAGGGCGACGAUGUCUUUGACACUAGCCCCAUCCGAAGACCCGGUAGCUCUAGAAGUGGUAGGGCAUCCCUCCACGAUGCUCCUCCUCUGCCUGCGAACCACCGCCAAGUCAUCGAGGCCGCACGAUCUGGUUCAUCUCAAGGCAACCAAAGCAACAUGGGCCCGCCUCUCUGGCCAGCGUCUGCCCUCCGACCGCGACCAAGCACACCUGGUCAGAGACCUACCUCGCCCAUGUCCGCUCGCGCCACUCCUACCCCUCAUGUUGUUCGCAAUGGUGGUGGAUAUGGCGACCUUGGAAGACAGUCACCUGCUAAGCUCACUGACGCAUCGCGAAAGUCUUCUCAGUCUUCGUUUGCCUCGGAGCUCGAUUCUCGAUUCAACAUGCGCCCCGGCGAACUUGGCAUUGACCCCAGCGGCUUCGGCCCCAAUACUGAUCCCCGCAUGAUCCAGGCUAUCACCCAGACCAUGAUCGGCGAGUAUCUCUGGAAGUACACACGCAAGACUGGCCGUGGAGGCAUGUCGGAGAACCGACACCGCCGUUACUUCUGGGUGCACCCUUAUACCAGGACUCUGUACUGGAGCGAACGGGACCCCUCAAGUGCUGGGCGCGCAGAGUUGAAGGCCAAGAGUGUUCCUAUCGAGGCGGUGCGUGUCGUUACUGACGACAACCCCAUGCCUCCAGGACUUCACCGCAAGAGUUUGGUCAUCAUCUCACCUGGAAGGACCAUCAAGUUCACUUGCACGACCGGUCAGCGACACGAGACCUGGUUCAACGCCCUUUCCUACCUACUUCUCCGAACCAACGACGAUGUUCAAGCUGAUACCGAGGAUAUGGCGGAGCACUUUACCCGCGAAGAUGUGGACGAGUUCAACCCUCAGUUUGGACAACGUGCUGUGAACGGAACCCGACCAGGAGUGCCGGCUUCCUUGUCGUCUUACAACUCCCGGACGACCCGCAACGAGUCACCGGCCGUGGGUGUCUCGAUGAACAUUCCGACCUUGACACCCAAGGCGCAGCCACAGCGACCUAAUGGAACGCUGAGCAAGCUCAGCGGCUACUGGAAAGGCAGCCAACUCUCUGGGACGUUCUCGAGCCGCCGUGGACGAGGGGCUAGUGCGCAGAACGUGAACAUUUAUGAAGCUAGCGAGGCGCACGACAGCGCUGAGGAUGUGAGGGAGAUUAUUGAGCGGCAGGAUAGAGAAGCUGACCGCCUCGAGAACGUCCGAGCAUGCUGCGAUGGCAAGCAUGACGUUGGAACUCUUCACCACCACCACUUUUCGAAGCGAGGCCGACACGGUAACAACCACACGCACUCGCAUCAGGGACUAAUGGCGUCCCACACGACAAUGGCGUCUCUUCGCUCUCGAGCGUAA